CCCCUCUGCCGGUCCUAUCCUAACAUACAACCCUGAUAACCACUAUAUCCGACCAAUUGAACCACCCGGCUGAACGGCAACAAGCCGAGGCCCACUAACGUUACUUUGGGAGGACGGAAAAGUGACAAGCUAAAACUCGUUUUUUGUCCUCGUUGGACAGUUUUCGGGAGGAAGUGCGACACGGUUUGAUAGUUUCUUUGAGAAUGUGGCAAACCUGAGUUUGUGGAGAAGAAGAAUAAAGGAGGGUGGAGGGAUUUGCAGCUGAUUUAACGACCGAGAAGUUUCGGUGUUUUUUUUUUUUUUUUAUGUCCAGAACUAACGCUACAUGAAACCCCCAACGCGACAACAGGAACAGAGGACGAGCAGCAGCUGCGGACGAGAGGAAACAUUUUAAGAGCGGCGACGUUACCUGCCCGGAUACAGUGAGGUGAGGAGAGGAUGUUGUCUCGGCUCGGUGAGCAGAUAUGGGCGGACUGGAUUUGGUUUCCUGAAGGCCACGGCUGGGCUGACCUGACGGACCAUGAUGGCCAAGUGUUCCCUAAAACACAGGACCUGUGGGUUACUAUACCCAUCGCGCUGUGCUUCCUGGUAUGCAGACAGAUAUUUGAGAGGACUGUGGCGACUCCUCUCGCUUCCCUGUUGGGAGUGAGUGACAAGCAGCGUGUCCGUGCUCCUCCAAAUCCUGUUCUGGAGUCCUUUUUCUGCAGCACAUCAAAGAAUCCCACACAGAGCUCCAUAGAGAGUUUAAGUAAACAGGCGGGCUGUUCAGUGCGACAGGUCCAGAGGUGGUUCAGGCGGCGGAGAAACCAGGACAGACCCAGCAAGCUCAAAAAGUUUCGGGAAGCAUGUUGGAGAUUUACGUUUUACCUUCUUGCUUUCUUUGCUGGCCUGGCAGUCCUUGUUGACAAACCAUGGUUGUAUGAUAUGAAGCAGAUGUGGGAUGGCUUCCCAAAAAUGCCACUGUUGCCUUCACAGUACUGGUACUACAUGAUCGAACUAGGCUUCUAUGUCUCGCUGCUUUUUAGCGUAGCAUCGGAUGUUAAACGUAAGGAUUUCAAAGAGCAGAUAAUUCACCAUGUGGCCACCAUUUCCCUUAUUAGUUUCUCCUGGCUGGUCAACUACAUCCGGGCAGGGACUUUGAUCAUGUUGGUGCAUGAUUCCUCCGACUAUUUAAUGGAGUCAGCCAAAAUGUUUAACUACGCAGGUUGGAGGAAAACCUGCAACCUCAGCUUCACCAUGUUUGCUGCAGUUUUCAUUGUGACCCGCCUCAUAAUCCUCCCCUUCUGGAUCAUAUAUACGACGUGGGUGUACCCCCUGACCCUGUAUCCCCCCUUCCUCGGCUUCUACUUCUUCAACGGGCUAAUGCUCGUGCUGCAGGCUCUGCACAUCUUCUGGGCAGUGCUCAUCGUGCGCAUGGUCAUCAAGUUCCUGCCAGGCAACGACAUCGUCGAGGACGAGCGGAGCGAUAAAGAGGAGACCGAGUCGGAAGAUGAAGACGUUGGUCGCGAGCAGAUUGAAAAGUUUAAGAACGGCCACGUGCAGAACGGACACACUCUCCUGAACAACAACCACAGUAAGACGGACUGAUUGGACUGUGAGAGCUGGAGAUGAGGCUGUGUGAGGCGUGACGAUGGGCCCUCACACAUGGCCCUCACCUGAAAGCCAAAGAAUGGGAGCGUGGCAUGUUGAAAGGGGCAACAGGCGGCAACACACACACACACACACACACACACACACCUUUACCCUCCUUUCUGAAACUCCAGUAGUCCAAAGGGGAUAAUUUCCCUUCUCUGUGGGUUACAUUAACUUAACUGGAGGAGGACGACUGUGGUGGAGAACCACAAUGAUCUGCUUAGCACCUAAGCAGCAGAGUGGUUAUUUCAUUACACACACCUUCUCCUCUUUUCUCACCUCUCGUCUCCUUUGCUUCAUGCUAAGAUUUUGUGCUGUUGACCAAGUUGCCACAUGCCAAAUCAAGCUUUGUUUUGUCCAUGGGGGUGUUUUAAAGAGACGCUGUGGUUAGGACGGGCACUCCCUUCCUGCACAGUCAGUUAAAACUCUCCCGAGUAUUACUGCCCUUAAACCUGACUGACUGUUGGUCUAAAUAACCACACUGAAGUCAGUGACAUGGUGAGGAGAUCCAAGGGGAUGUCUUUUCAUGGACCAUAAGCUGAUUUAAAGUCUAUUUCUUGAAGUAUCGGUUGAUAACACAUUUGUGCGAUUCAGUUAUUGCAGCUGCCAGUCUGUCACUUUGUUUUGUCUAAAUUUGAUUUUGUUUCAAUGUUUAAAACAAAUAAUCAGGAGGUAAAUAAUGUUUUUAACAGUCUGAAAAAGAUGAGGUGCUACAUUUGCAUCGCUUGUUGAAAUGUGCCUUGAGUGGAAGUUUGUCCUGAAUGCUUCUGCAUUUCUUUUUUUUUGGGAAGCAAAAUGCGCAGAGAUCAUUUUAAAUGUUUUGUUUGUGUUUAAUAUUGUUUUAGUUGUAUGAUUUUCUUUAGUUUAGUUUUAUUUGUUUUCAGUCCAGUCGUUGGUUUAAAUUUGGGAGCAAUUUGGUUGAGUGUGUCCCAAACAAAUCAGUAACUGUUAAUGAAUUCUUUGUGCUGAAAGAGUCAAUAGCAUUUCCAUUCAGUGUUGUUUUUCCCAUCCAUCCAAAGAUGCACUUUAUGGUUCCCUCUAUAGACCAGCGUGGUUAAAUAUCUUGUAAACAAGCUUAGUAAUGGUUUUUGAUGACAAUUCAAACCAGAUUGCCUUUUUAGUUUUAGAGGGUAUGAUUUAAAUUUUUCAUAUUUAUUCUUGUCAUUAUCUACCCAAGAUCUUCCUCGUUGCCAGUGUUUUGGUACAUUUUGUAAAGGAAAAAAAAAAAGAUGUUUAAUUAAAUCUUAAGUAAAGAGGUAAAAAUGAAACACCAAAGUAUGGUUUACAUUUUGUACUACCGUGUCAUUUGCAAGUGCCUUCAUCAUUUCAAGUGUUGAUUGUAAGAAGAAAUGUUAUUUCUGUCCCAUUUGUCUUUAUUUCUGCUGUCUUUGUGCCCCAUCACCACCAACACUCCAGCACCGUAACGCUCUGGGCCUCUAACGUUCCUGCCUCGCAGCUCCCUCUGAAGAGCUUUGCUUCUGCAGUAAUGGUUUUUAAUUUGCAUUAUGUGUUGCUGAGAUGUAAAAUCAUAAUGACAAUGAUGAUAAAGAUAAUUGUGGAUAACA